UAGGUUCUAAAUAAAGCUAUGGAAUGGUUAGAUUCUAGGGAAAUGAAUGUGAAUCAAGGGCUGAUAAAAGAUAAUGAAUUUUUAACACAUCAAACAUCUGAGGGACUUAGAGUUACGAUAAAGUCAACAAUUGAACUUUCUCAAUAUCUACUAAAUGUAUGUAAAUUUGCAUAUGUGUUAACUGCCAAGAUGAACCAAGAUAAUUUAGAAAAAUUUUUUGGUAUAAUUAGACAAAUUUCUGGGCCAAAUGACCAUCCAUCAACGCCUACAUUCAUGCAAUUGUAUCGAAUGUUAACAGCAUACUCCUUAAUGAAGCCACCUAAAAGUGGAAACUGCUCAAUUAAUGAAG